UGAGACUUGGAUCAACAUGAUCGUGGGUUUCCUUGUGGUUCUGAGCACACUCAUCCCAGGCGGUGUCUCAGUGUCCACGUGGAGCAUGAACGCUUCCAAGGAGACUGAGGCGAUAAGAGGACAAGACGUCGUCCUCACAUGCUCCUUCACUCAUCCCAAGCAGGAUCACUAUGCCGGCAACAUCAUGGUCGAGUGGUCCAAAGACUCCAAACAAUCCGGAAAGCCUUUCUUUGCGUGCUCCAUCCAAAACAUCUCCUCAGUGAACCUCAGGGCCUGCUCAUGGUCAAGGUACUCACUGCAUGGCGACCCGCGACAAGGGGUGCUGUUGCUUCUUAUCGAAAGGGUCCAGCCGAACGACGAAGGCGAGUACUCGUGCCGUAUAAAACUGGACAACAAGAACGAGAUGGAGAAGACGAUGGUGCUAAAGGUCGUAGAGAAGCCGGAAAUCCUCAGCUUGUCAUUGGUCAAUGACAGCGCCCCCCAGAGGCUGCAGUGUGUCACAGCGGGCAACCCCCUGCCCAACAUCACCUGGCUGUCCACCUCCAGGGGUCCCAUAUUAGCUGAGAAGGAGAAAAAGGAAGGGUACCGGCUGACCAGCUGGGUCCCUUACGAGGUGGGGGACCGGGUCACGUGCACGGCGACGAGUCGAUUGGGUCGGGCUGAGCGGACCCUGCAGCCCCCCUCAAACGCUCUGACCGUCGCACUGAUAGCGGGCGGCGGCGCUGUGCUUCUGCUGCUGGCCACAGGGGGCGUCGUGCACCUGCUGAGGCGCAGAGAGGAGCGUUCACUGCACUGCACACAUAGUCCAGCUGAGGGCGCUGUUGACUUUCAGGCAGUUUACUCCACUGUUGUGCUUCCUGUUUCCGAGGAGAGUCCACUGCACUGCACACAUACUCCAGCUGAGGGCGCUGUUGACAUUCAGGCAGUUUACUCCACUGUUGUGCUUCCUGUUUCCGUUGAGCGUGUCACGCGCCCACAAGAGACAUUGCCGCCAUGACAGGAAACGCCGCAGAGGUCACAGAUGAGCUGGAGCCUACCCCAGGUGUUCACCUGUCAAUCAGACUGAAAGCGAGACAAAAGCAGGACAAUCUUUCAUAGAUUAAAAACUGUUGCUUUUCCCCAAAAAAAUAAAUGUG